CUCGGCUCUAGGUCAUCAUUAUCAACCAAAACACUACAAUCUGAAAACCAGGACGACGCAUUUCCAGAUGGCAAUGACCUGAAAUUAGCGUUCCAGGAGCGCCCUUCUCUAAGCUCCAAACCAAAGUUCGAAUGCGAUGAGCGACCACAACGCGAACGCUAAUGGCGGUGGCAUCAGCGCCCCUGCCAAUUCCAAUUCCUUCGCCCAAGCGCAGCAGCGCCUCGCCGCGCGCCGGCAAGCACGCGAAGCCGAGGUCGCGGCCCGCCUUGCGACGCAACAAUCAGCCUCACGUCUCCGGGCCCGGAUCGCCGCCACGCAGUCCCCCCUCCUCCGCAGACUAGGCGGGUCAACCCUGUCCCUCUGGGAGACAAUCUCGAGCCGCGAGGGCACGCGCCCGGCCUUCCGCGUAGGCCAGGUCGACGCCGAACUGCUCGACGAGGAACUGGUUGAGCUCCUGCGCGGUCAAGUGGGUGAUGCGCUGCGCUAUUUCGGCGGAGGACAGGGUGGAGGCGGCGCUGCGCGCAACAACAGCAUCAGACAUGACUGGGAGGACGAGAUUUCGCUUGCCCUGCGCGCCGUGCUGUUCAAGCUGACCGUCUGGGACCACGAUGCAACCUACGGCGCGGCGCUGCAGAACCUAAAGUACACGGAUGCGAGGCACCACGGCGCCGUACUGGUUCCGCCCAGCAGGUGGCAGAAGUCGUUGUACGGACUGGUGACGGUCGGCGGGAGGUAUCUGUGGGCCAAAUGGGAGAAUUGGCUGGUGGAGCAGGAUGAUGGGUUCGAGGGCCCCAGCCCGAGGAUCCAGCGAUUAUCGAGGUGGACUACGAUGCUGUCUACGGUGCAUGCUGCUGCGGCCUUCGUGUCCUUUUUAGUCUUCUUGCUACGCGGGCGGUACAGAACGCUCUUGGACCGGGUACUGCGCAUGCGUCUGGCUCCGCCAACCAGCCAAGUCAGUCGCGAGGUCUCGUUCGAGUACCUCAACCGGCAGCUCGUAUGGCAUGCAUUUACGGAAUUCCUGCUCUUUGUGCUGCCGUUGGUGGGCAUCAACCGUUGGAGGAGAUGGUUCGCGCGGACAUGGCGAAAAACGAAGAAGAUUAUCAGCACCGGCGGCGACGGUGCGAAUGAGAGAAAGGGCGAAUACGCAUUUCUUCCGGAGCGGACAUGCGCCAUCUGCUACCAAGACCAAACCACUGCAACUAGUGAGAACGAGCUUAUGACUGCCGCCUCAAGCGGGGUGGUCGGCUCGGCUCAGACAGACGUUACGAAUCCGUACGAGACAAUUCCGUGCGGCUGCAUAUACUGCUUUGUAUGUCUGGCGACAAGGAUAGAGCGAGAGGAAGGCGAAGGCUGGACAUGUUUGCGAUGUGGAGAGGUGGUCAAGGAGUGCAAGCCCUGGGCUGGCGACGUGCUAGAGCCGGAGCCCAAAUCACCGACCGUGAAGACGGUGGUAUUUGCCGAUAACGUGAAGGCGCCCUCGGAUGCCGAGGAAGAAGACGCGGAUUGGAAGGCUCAGGCCGGCGAGGACGACCCCAACAGAAGUUUGGAGGACCUCCGGCCACAAACUCCGAGCGUGUCAUCACUUCAAGCCGAGUCAGAUUCGGGAGGCUCAGGGUUUGAAGACUUCGAAGUAGAGGACGACACAUCACCGAGCAUGUAGCCAAUUACCAGGGCAUUGGCCCUAUUCACCACUUCACUCCCAGUUUGGCACUGUCAGUGUGGAUGUACUAUUUCCAGAUAGAGACCCGGCGGAGCUUGCCAAACUCAUGGCCACCAGUAGCGGUACUUGGAGACGGCGCAGCAUCUGUUAGUGCAGGCCAAAUUUUUGUAUGUAAAAACCAUCCUCUCGACUACCCCUCUUAACAGACCUUCUGGUCUAACAUGUUCCUCAAAUUCCAGGCCAGCCCAAGCAUUCUAGGGAAGAGCAACAAUCGCUCAACACUAUCUCGAUCCCCUGAAUCCAACUCGGAGAAUCCUUUGGUGUGAACAUGCUUCGUUCCAGUAUCCGCCAAGAUUUCAGUCCAAAGGCUCCUCUCAAAAAAGGACCCGUCAUCAUCCUCCAGCUUUCACCACCAAACUGGGCGGCAAAACCAGCCAUCCAUACGCGACGCCAGCCGCC